CCUCCCUCCCUGAGAGGAGGAGGACUCAAAGGUCACACUGAAGUGAAAGUAAAGUAGUUGUGAGUGACGCAGAGCUUUAGUCCAGACGAGCCUCUCUGUUUCUCUCCAAAGAAACAACUGAAUCCAGCAGCUUCUCAUCAACAACACAACAGGAUCUGUGACAAACUCUGAGCAUCGAUAUGUCUGCUGCCAGCUGUCUUCUGACUGAAGAUCAGUUCCUGUGCUCCAUCUGUCUGGAUGUCUUCACUCAUCCAGUCGCCACACCAUGUGGACACAACUUCUGUAAAGCCUGCAUCACUGACCACUGGGACGUUAAUGUCCCGCCUAACUGUCCCAACUGUAAAAAGGUCUUCUCCACCAGACCUGAGCUGCAGGUCAACACGUUCAUCUCAGAGAUGGCUGCUCAGUUCAGACUGUCAGCUCAACAGAAAGCCAGCAGCAGCAGCUCAGAGCAACAAGCUGCCCAACCAGGAGAAGUUCCCUGUGACGUCUGCACUGGAACCAAAGUGAAGGCCCUCAAGUCCUGUCUGGUGUGUCUGGUCUCCUACUGUGAGGCUCACCUGAAGCCUCAUCUGACUACGUCAGGUCUGAAGAGACAUCAGCUGAUGGACCCAGUGAAGAACCUUGAAGGCAGAAUGUGUACGAAGCACGAUAAACUGCUGGAGCUGUUCUGUAAGACCGACCAGAUGUGUGUCUGCAUGUUCUGCACUGUUUUAGACCACAAGAACCAUGAUGUUGUUCCUCUGAGAGAAGAAUAUGAAGGAAAGAAGGCCGAGCUGGGGAAGACUGAGGCUGAAGUCCAGCAGAUGAUCCAGAAGAGACGACUGAAGAUUCAGGAGAUCAAACACUCAGUGAAGCUCAGUGAGGAACAAGCAGACAGAGAGGUACUAGAAGGUGUCCUGGUCUUCAGCGCUCUGAAGGAGUCUGUUGAGAGAAGCCAGGUGGAGCUCAUGGACACCAUCAAAGAGAAGCAGAGAAAGACACAGAAAGAGGCUGAAGGCUUCAUCAAAGAGCUGGAACAGGAGAUCUCUGAGCUGAAGAAGAGAAGCACUGAGGUGGAGCAGCUCUCACGCUCUGAAGACCACCUCCACCUCCUCCAGAGCUUCAGGACCCUGAACACUGCUCCACCCACCAAGGACUGGACAGGAGUCAGAGUCAGUCCACCUUCAUAUGAGGGGACUGUGGUGAGAGCAGUGAACCAGCUGGAGAUGAAGCUCAGUAACCAGAUGAAGAAGCUGCUGGAAAAGAAGCUGAAGAGAGUCCAGCAGUCUGCAGUGGAUGUGACACUCGAUCCUGAUACAGCACAUCCUAAGCUCAUCCUGUCUGGUGAUGGAAAACAAGUUAAACUUGGAGAUGUAUGGAAGAAUCUCCCAGACAAUCCAGAGAGGUUUAAUCUUUGUGCUGUUGUCUUAGGAAAGCAGAGUUUCUCUUCAGGUAGAUUUUACUACGAGGUUCAGGUUAAAGAGAAGACUGACUGGGAUUUAGGAGUCGUGAGAAGGUCCAUCAACAGGAAGGGAAGCAUCACAGCGUCUCCUCAGAAUGGUCACUGGACGAUACAUUUGAGGAAUGAGAAUGAGUACUUAGCUUGUGAUGGCCCAUCAGUCCGUCUCUCUCUGGGGUCCCGGCCUGAGAAGGUGGGGGUGUUUGUGGAUUAUGAGGAGGGUCUGGUCUCCUUUUAUGACGUUGAUGCUGCAGCUCUGAUCUACUCCUUUACUGGCUGCUGCUUCACUGAGAAACUCUACCCGUACUUUAGUCCAGGUCUAAAUGAUAAGGGUAAAAACUCUGCUCCUCUGAUCAUCUCUGCUGUCAAUCACACUGAGUAGAACAAACAUUUGUUUAAAGAGAUUCUUUCAUAGAUAAUUGAACAAAUCUACAUUAUUGAUCAUUUCAAUAUAUACAUGAUUGAUUUUUCUCUGUGUUUUUUCUAUUUAUCUGUAAAUGUUUGACUUUGAUUUGUCUCGUUUUGACUCCAACACACAGAUUUUAAACCACUGAUGGAUGAUCUGAUGUAUUCUGAUUUAUUAUAAUAACUCCAUCAUCUGACUUUAUUCACAAAUAAGAAGAAUUCUUUGAAUCUGUAUCUUGAUGUCAAAUUAAUAGUUUUAUUUUUGUAUUAUUGUAUAUAAAACACAUUUUGAAUAUUAGCACAAAUUAUUGGAAAAAGGAAUGUAGAACUUAUUCCUCAGUUUAAAAAUAAUUUUCAGGUGGAGGAUCUCAGUCUGGUUCGUUUUCUGAGGUGAAUUAAAAAUGAUUUUUUCUCUCAUUGGUAAAUAAUGAAUAAAAAGAAUCAGUUCUGUGACCAGUGAACAAACAUUUGUUCUUUUAUUAUUUGAAUUUCUCUUCCUCUCUGCAGAAGCCUUUUAACCAACAAAAGUACAUUUCUGUGAUUAUUUGUGACUUUUCUCUUCAUGGCACUUUUUUGCAUAUUGUACUUUUUUACUACAUUUCAUUUCCAGGUGAGUUUUUCUUCCUGUCUCAGGUAGAACCUCGUAUCUCGGGGGGGUCUCAGCGUCCACAUCUCCUCUUCUGCUCUCCAUGUGGAGGAGAGGACAGUGCGUCUGUCCCUCAUGUGUCUGCAGAAAACUUCAUUUAUAAAACAGAAACAUCUUCAGAAUCCCUUAGUCCUUCUGAAAAAGAUCCUGAUGAUGUCUGACCUGUAAAAUAAGAUAAUGAAUAUCUUUUUAGAGUCAUAUCGGACUCUCAGGUCUUAACAGGAUUAAAGUUUAGAUGAUUAGUUUGAAGACAUUUACAAAACUCUCCUCAACCAUCAAUAAUCUGAAAGCUUUAGAAGUGAGAAGAAACAUCAGGUGGACGCUGAGCUUUGGGUUAAAGUCUGCAGACACCAGGAGGUGCUUCUAUCAUCUUUGUGUCAAUAAACCUUCAUCAUAAACCUUCUCAAGGGUUCACUCACCUUCACAGAUCAGAGACCAGUGUGCAAACCAAACACAACCUGCAACAAGAAAGGUUCUAGAACAAGUAUUACUGUUAUGAAGAGACGUCCACUCACAGAUCAGAUUGUUACAGAUAUGAAGCACAACGCCAGACACUCAAAGGCUUAAACUCAUCAAAGGUUCAUCCAGGAGGCCUCAUAUAUUUAGAUGUUUAGUUUCUGAAUCAUCACUUAACUAAACCUGGACUCAGGUAGUCCACUAAGGACAGAUGUGAUCAGGUUAAACUAAUCAAUAGUAUCAGUCAACUCUUCAUCCCUCAGGAGGAGGAAGACGAAGGUCCACACUCCCAUGGAGGUCACAAUCCUGGUGUUUCAUCAUAUUCGGUCUCGGUCCUGUUGUGAAACAGUUUAUUGGACUUAUUGAUCGAUGAUUUACUGAAUAGGUCACGUGGGUGUAGUUGCGCUGUUGGCCCGCCAGGGGGCGACCUGCCUCCAUCUCCAUCACCUCUCAGCGUGCAGCUUCUCCCUCCGACGGACUGCGGGGUGGAGCUCAUUAACUUCACCUGUCUGUGCGCACGCACGCACGCACACGCACGCCCCCGAGCUUUCUCCUCCUCUAGGACGCACUUUGGUCUCCAUCGGGACCUGGAUCAUCCGACCCCAGCAGAGACCCUCGGGACCGGGGAACUAGGUGUGAGACCCUCAGACCCCCCACCAGCCCUGGACCACUGAUGGUGUGAUGAGCGCGAGAGCCUCCCGUGUUUCCCGUGACGUAGGACCGACGCGCCGCGCGCACCUCAGAGAAAAAAAAAGAGAAAAGG